UCGUCCACAGCGGCCUCUGCUGACAGAUGUCGGGCUCUGAUUCUCAAUCGCGCUGUGGAUUGUGGGUGUCGGGGACGUUGUUUGAGCUUGUCAGGCUGUAGCAGCGGUGGACUGAACGCGACGCCUCAUCGCCCUACCUUCCUCAGAGCAGAGCGGCAUCAUGUCCAGUCGAGGUGGGAAGAAGAAGAUCUCCAAGACGUCCAGGUCCACUAAGGCCGGCGUGAUCUUCCCUGUGGGACGCAUGCUGCGCUACAUUAAAAGAGGGCUUCCCAAAUACCGGAUUGGCGUUGGAGCUCCAGUCUACAUGGCUGCGGUACUAGAGUACCUGACAGCUGAAAUCCUGGAGCUGGCAGGUAAUGCAGCCAGAGACAAUAAGAAGGGCCGCGUCACGCCCAGACACAUUUUACUAGCCAUCGCCAAUGAUGAGGAACUUCAUCAGUUGCUGAGGGGCGUCACCAUCGCUGCCGGAGGAGUUUUACCCAACAUCCACCCAGAGCUUCUCUCUAAGAAGAGAGGAUCGAAAACAAAGCUUGAAGCCAUCGUCACUCCUCCUCCACCAACCCAGAAGUCCAAGACCGCCAACAAAGCAGCUGUCAAGAAACUGGGUACCAAAAAGUCCUCAAGAGUAAAGAGACGGGCUGCGAUGGCUAAAGCGGGUGCAGACGGCAGCACUACUGCGGGCGGCCCGGCCGAUGGCUUUACUGUUCUCUCCUCCAAAAGCUUAUUCCUCGGCCAGAAGCUCAAUCUCAUUCACAGUCAGAUCACUAACCUGGCUGCCUUCGACGUGGAAGGGGUUAUCAACCCCACCAAUGCCGAUUUUGACCUUAAAGAUGAUUUAGUAGAGAAAAGACAUCCGGGUUUGGAGCCACAUGAGGGCAGUGCUCUGGAGAGGAUCGGAGGAAAGGAGUUCGCGGAGGCGGUUCUGGAGCUACGCAAGAGCAACGGCCCUCUGGAGGUGGCAGGAGCGGCCAUGACCUCCGGAUACGGUCUUCCUGCCAAGUUCGUCAUCCACUGUAACAGUCCCGGCUGGGGCUCAGAUAAAUGUGAGGAGAUGCUGGAUAAGACGGUGAAGAACUGUCUGGCUCUGGCUGACGAGAAGAAGCUCAAAUCUGUGGCCUUCCCUUCCAUCGGCAGCGGCAGAAACGGUUUUCCGAAGCAGACGGCCGCUCAGCUCAUUCUGAAGGCCAUCUCCAGCUACUUUGUAACAACCAUGUCGUCCUCCAUCAAGACUGUGUACUUUGUGCUGUUCGACAGCGAGAGCAUCGGGAUCUACGUGCAGGAAAUGGCCAAACUCGACGCCAACUGAAGUAGAGAAUUCUCUGUAGGUUUCAGAGGUAUAAAAAUAUUCUUAUUUUAUGCUUAGAAAAAUUCUAUGAGCGAUGAUGAAAUUUGGGGGAUAAAAUAUUUUUGGUACUUUCUUAUAAUAGCAACGGUUAUUGCGUUCCAGCUGUUCGAAGGCUUUCAUUUGAUCUGAUUUGAUUUUUAACAGAGGGACUGGGUUUUGUGCUGCCACUGCGACUACUGCAUAAUUUUGUCUCGUUUUGUUCUGUUGUUUCAAUGUAUAAUGUGUAUCACAAUGUUAAUAUGCAUAAAGUGUAUCUGGAAUCAUUGAAAAAUACAUAAAUAUAUGAACUGUAUACUCUGUGUAAUUUGUGACUGCUGUCAGCAGAUGGAGCUCUUUGUGCAGUAAUAUGUUUAACUUGAGGUCAUCUUACAUUCAAUACAGACAAAAGAGGACCUGUGAAGGAAA